AGGGGGAGUGACGUCAUCGCGCAGGGUGCGUCGCGCCAGGCCGGCGGGCGCGGCGGGAGGGAGGAAGAUGGCGUCGCUGCUGCAACUGGAGCGGGUCGUGUAUCUGGUGGACGGGGAGAAGCAGCAGCGGCUGCCGCUGUCGCAGCUCUACUUCUGCCGCUACUGCCACGAACUGCGCUCGCUGGAGUGUGUGUCGCAUGAGGUGGACUCCCAUUACUGCCCAAGUUGCCUGGAAAACAUGCCCUCGGCUGAGGCAAAACUGAAAAAGAACAGGUGUGCCAAUUGCUUUGAUUGUCCGAGCUGCAUGCAUACUCUUUCCACAAGGGCCACUAACAUCCCUGCACCCCUGCCUGAUGACCCGGCCAAGACUACCAUGAAGAAGGCUUACUACCUGGCCUGUGGCUUCUGUCGCUGGACCUCCCGGGAUGUUGGCAUGGCAGACAAAUCUGUUGCCAGCGGAGGGUGGCAAGAACCAGAGAACCUUCACACCCAGAGGAUCAAUAAACUGCUGGAGUAUUACCACCAACUGGCACAAAGAGAGAAGCUUGAACGUGACCGAAAGAAACUGGUUAGACGUAGAAACUACAUGCCCUUGGCUUUUUCUACACACACUAUACAUGUGGUGGACAAGUAUGGCUUGGGUACCAGACUGCAGCGACAGCGAGCUGGCGCUCCAAUUAUUAGCCUCGCCGGACCAACGUUGAAAGAAACAGAUGACCACAAGGAGAUCAAGAUCGAGCCUGCCCAGGCAUUGGAGGAGGUUGAACCUCUGCCUGAGGAUUACUACACUAGACCCAUUAAUCUGCCCGAAGUGACGACCCUUCACCAGCGACUGUUGCAACCAGACUUCCAGCCCAUCAAUGCCUCCCAGCUGUAUCCCAAACACAAGCAUCUCCUCAUAAAACGCUCUCUGCGUUGUCGGAAAUGUGAACACAACUUGAGCAAGCCCGAGUUUAACCCAACUUCCAUCAAGUUCAAGAUCCAGCUUGUCGCAGUUAACUACGUUCCAGAGGUACGGAUUCUGACCAUUCCCAACCUGCGCUUCAUGAAGGAGAGCCAGGUGCUUCUGACCCUGACAAACCCGGUGGAGAAUCUCACCCACGUGACCCUGCUGCCGUGCGAGGAGUCCGACUCUGACAUUGCUGACAGCACUGCCAAGGUGGUGCUCCCCUCCAAUGAGAUUGUCCUGGCGGGGAAGGACGCAGCGGCAGAGUACGACGAGCUGUCAGAGCCGCAGGAGUUCCACGACCACCCCCCGAGUGACGUGGUGGCGUUCCGCAAGGCCAACAAGGUGGGCGUGUACGUGCGGGUGGUCCCCCAGAACGACAGCGGUCCCGUCACCGUCAGCUUCCGGCUCCGACACAACUCCCACCCCCCCGGGCCCCUGCGUCCUCCCGACCAGCCCGACUCCCCCCCCCCUGACACUGUGUGGCUCACACAGACCCUCCAACUCACCCUAGGCCCCCUCGCUCCAUGAGGGUGGGGAGGUCAGACCGCCUCACCUACUGCACCCUCCCCUCCUCACUCCCCCCAUAACUACCACAUCCCUCCCCUCCCCCGUUCACACUAGUUCUGUUAUUCCUCCC